GAUAAAAUAUGUUUCGUUUUGUAAAAAUUAUAAUUUGUUAUUUUUUGUUGAGUUGGUUGACAUGAUUAAAAACAAACCUAACCUAUCUUUUAUCAAUAUUCAAUACGGCGCUGGACAUGUGGUUAUUAAGUUUAUUUGUGUUAAUAUGUGAUGACAACUUGUAAAUUAUGGAUAAUAAAGUAAUGGACUCCUUUGCCGAGAAUUGUGGUAAAUUUGCCACGUUAAAUAGGAAAUUUGGUGAAGUUUUGAACAAAUUUGAUUUGAAGAAUUUGUCCAAGCAUGAAAUAAAUCAUAUUAAACAAAUACUUGUAAAGUAUUUAUUACACCCUGAUGCAACAAUUUUUGUGGCGAAAAAUUUUCCACAAGAUCUUCCAGAUUUGCUUACAAAAGCUAUAAACAUUGAGGAGGUUCAAUUAAACAAUGAAAAUCAUAUUAGAAAUUGUUUAAUUCUUUCAAAAUUACUUGAUGUACACCCUGAUGUUGAGAGUUUUGUUAUAAAAUAUUUCGAAAAAAAUCCAUCACCUUUUAUUUCUUUACACAAUACACAACAACCAAAAAAACAAAGAACUAAUAAAGAAUUGAUUGUUCUUAAUGAUAAAGAAAUAAUUUGCAUGGUUUAUAGUUUUUUGAAAAAGAUGCCUGAUUAUUUUAAGAGAAAAUGGUGUUGGUCUGAGUUUAUAGAAAAAUAUGAAAAUAAUGUUGAUGAAACAGUAAAAUGGAUUUUUUGUAAUUGUUUAGCAAUUAUAACAAAUAUGACAGAAAUCACAUUAAGAAAGUUUAUUUUGACUAAAUUAACAGAAACUCAAGCUAAUCAAUGUUCAAUUAAAUAUCUAACUAAUAACUCAUUAGAGAAAGAUAUAACUUCAAUAACUUUUAAUAAUUUUGAUGAUUUUAUAACACCUAAAGUAACAUCAUUAACUAAUAUAAACGGUAUAUAUUUACCAGUUAUUGGAGAACCAAUUGAAAGUGUACAAAAAAUCGUUGAAGUUGAUUCAACUAACAACAAUUUAAAAAAAAUUGCUUUGGGAAUUGUUUCCAAUAAACGCAUUAACUUAAUUGGACCCGUUGGAUCGGGAAAAACGGCAUUAAUUGAAUAUUUAGCGUCGAAAACUGGAAGAAUUUUAGGCGAAAGUUUUAUUAAAAUACAACUUGGAGAUCAAUCAGAUAGCAAAAUGUUAUUGGGAACUUAUAGAUGUACAGAUAUUCCUGGGGAAUUUAUUUGGCAACCUGGCGUGUUAACACAAGCCGUUAUGGACGGUAGUUGGUUAUUAUUAGAAGACAUUGAUUCCGCUAGUAUCGAUAUAGCAUCAUUGUUAAGCGGUUUGUUAGAGAAUGGUUACUUAACAGUACCCGGGUACAGAGAUUAUGUACCAAUUAAACAAGGAUUUCAAUUAUUUGUCACUCAACGAUUACUACCAAGCGUUUCCGGUUACCAACGAAUAACAACACCAUCAACAGUUUUAUUAGAAAAACAUUUAUUAAACAUAAAUAUCCAACCUUUAAGUUUAGAGGAAUUAGAAUACAUCAUAAAAACUUUGCAUCCAACCUUAAAAACAAUUUCAACUAGAAUUAUUAAUAUUUUUAAAUAUUUAAACGAUAACGUUAAUUUGAAUUCAACCGAUAGAAAUUGUCGCUGUAUAACAACGAGAGAUUUAUUUAAAUGGUGUUCGAGAGCUGUUGUUAAUUUUGAUGUAACGAGCCCAACCAGCGGUUUAAAACUACUUCAAGAUGCUUUAGACGUGUUUUGUUACUCAUAUUCUAACAUUGACGAUAGAAAUAAAUUGGCUCAAUCGAUUUGUUCUGAAUUAGGAAUUAUAACAGAGAAAGUUAAUUAUUUUUUUAAUCAAUACAAACCGAAUUUAAACGUUUCAACAAAAUCGAUUAAUUGCGGGCGAGCAAAGCUUAAAGUCAUCAAUAACUUAACCGAACGAAAAGUUAAUUUUUGUUUCACAAGAAUGGCAUCGUGCUUAUUAGAACGAAUAAUGUGUUGUAUAUCAGCAAACGAACCAGUUUUAUUAGUAGGAGAAACCGGAACUGGUAAAACAUCAACCGUUCAAUAUUUAGCACGAAUGUUAGGUCAAAAAUUAAUUGUAAUUAACAUGAAUCAACAAUCGGAUUCGUCAGAUUUAUUCGGUGGGUUUAAACCGACGGAAAUUAAAUUUAUAAUUGGACCGGUAAAGAGUGAAUUUGAAAAUUUAUUUCAUUCCUUUUACAACGCGAAUGAAAAUGAAAAGUUUUUGGGUCAUAUUAAUCACUGUUUUAGCAAAGAACGCUAUAACGAUUUAGUUGUUUUAAUGAAAACUUGUUGUAAAUCAGCGCUAAAAAAGUUUGAAAACGGCGAACAAAUAAAUACGGGGGCUAAAAGAAAACACACAAAAAAGAAUAAGAAAUCGAAUUUAAACGAUGAUAUUAAAAUAAAAUGGGACAAUUUUAUGAAAAAAAUUGAAAAAUUAGAACAACAACUUAAACAUAAAAACGCUUUAGCGUUUACUUUCGUUGAAGGUAGUUUAGUGAAAGCUAUAGAAAAUGGUUAUUGGGUGUUAUUAGACGAAAUUAAUUUAGCUUCCGUUGAAACGUUGGAUUGUUUGUCGGGUCUUUUAGAAGGAAAACAUAGCUCGAUUAGUUUAUUAGAGAGGGGCGAUAAAAAACCAAUUAAACGACAUGAUAAUUUCACUUUAUUCGCAUGUAUGAAUCCGUCAACUGAUGUGGGGAAAAAAAAUUUACCCGCCGGAUUAAGAAAUCGAUUUACCGAACUAUUCGUCGAUGAAUUAACUGACGAAAAAGAUCUUCUUAUGCUAGUAAAUAGUUACUUAGAAACUUUAUCAACAAGUACUAAAACCGAAAAUAUCGUUAAAUUUUAUUCGAAAGUUCGUAAAGAAGCUCAAAUGAUUUUAUGCGAUGGAUUAGGACAUAAACCACAUUUUUCUUUACGUUCCCUUUGCAGAGCUUUAAUGAUAGGCUCUAAAAAUCCGUGUGGGACCGUUUUAAGAAGUCUCUACGAAGCUUUUUGUUUAAGUUUUUUGACCCAACUCGAUUUAUCUUCUUACAAAAUCGUCGAAAGAAUGAUCUCCAAGUACAUCGUGGGCUCAGAAAAUCAAUUAAAAAGCGUUAUAAAACAACCAAUUCCAAAACCGAUUUCACAAAGAGAAACUUACAAUUUUUUACAAUUUGAGGGAUAUUGGAUAAGUCAAGGCGAUUUAGAAGUGGAAGUCCCCGAAAAUUACAUUUUAACACCAUCAGUUAGAAAAAAUUUAAAAGAUUUAACUCGAAUUGUUUCAAUCGGGCAACUCCCCAUUUUAUUACAAGGUGAUACAUCGGUUGGUAAAACUAGUUUAAUCGGGUAUUUAGCGAAAUCAAGCGGAAAUAAAUGCGUUAGAAUCAACAACCACGAACACACCGACUUGCAAGAGUAUAUCGGUUCGUAUGUUGCGGAUGUUUCCGGUAAAUUGGUGUUCAGAGAGGGUGUUUUGGUAGAGGCGAUGCGAAACGGUCACUGGAUAAUACUAGACGAGUUAAAUUUAGCCCCUUCAGAUGUCCUGGAAGCUUUAAAUCGGGUUUUAGACGACAACCGUGAACUAUUUAUACCCGAAACCCAACAAGUUGUAAAAGCUCACCAUAAAUUUAUGCUAUUUGCAACACAAAAUCCACCAGGUACUUACGGCGGAAGGAAAAUGUUAUCACGAGCUUUCAGAAAUAGAUUCGUCGAAUUACAUUUUAAUGAGAUUCCCGCCGUCGAAUUAGAAACGAUUUUACAACAACGUUGUUCUUUAGCUCCAUCUUACGCUAAAAAGAUAAUAAAUGUUAUGAAAGAUUUACAAACAAGAAGAAGGGGUUCGGCUGCUUUCGCUGGAAAAUAUGGUUUUAUAACGUUAAGAGAUUUAUUUAGGUGGGGUGAGCGGUAUAGAUUGGCCGAAAAAUCGGAUAAAUUAUACGAUUGGGAUCAACAUUUAGCUGAUGAAGGUUAUUUAGUACUAGCUGGAAAAGUGAGAAAAUUAGAGGAGAAAUUAGAAAUUAUUGCGGUGUUAAAAAAGUAUUUAAAACGAGAUGUUAUCCCAAAUAAUUUAUUCACAUUAUCAGAUAAAACUUCAACUGUGACGAAAGAAAUUUUAAAAAAGCUUUACGAAAAUAACGAAAAAUACAAUAACAUAGUUUGGACGUAUAAUAUGCGUCAAAUGGCAGUUUUAGUUUCAAAAGCUUUACAAUUUUAUGAACCCGUUUUAAUAGUCGGAGAAACCGGAUGUGGUAAAACGACCAUUUGCGAUGUAAUCGCAAGAAUUAACAACCAAAAAUUAAUGACAAUAAAUUGCCAUAUGCACACGGAAAGUAGUGAUUUUAUCGGCGGAUUAAGACCAGUAAGAGACCACACCGACGAUGUUAAUAAAUUAUUCGAGUGGAUCGACGGACCCUUAAUCGAAGCAAUGAAAGAAGGGUGUUUAUUUUUAACGGACGAAAUAUCUUUAGCCGAUGAUAGCGUUUUAGAACGAUUAAAUUCGCUUCUAGAACCAGAAAGAUCGCUACUAUUAGCCGAAAAGGGAAUCGAUAUCAACAAUCAAGCCAAUUCCGAAUUGAUAAUUGCCCAUCGCGAUUUCCAUUUCAUCGGAACGAUGAAUCCGGGCGGUGAUUAUGGAAAGAAGGAACUUUCCCCGGCUUUACGAAAUCGAUUCACCGAAAUUUGGAGCGAACCCUGCUCAAAUCGGCAAGAUUUUAUUAACAUAAUCAAUCAUAAUGUGAAAACCAACGUUUUAGAAACUUAUAAUAUUGGUUUUGGAGAGCUAAUCAUGGAUUUUAUUGAUUGGUUUCAAAAAGAAGAUAUAGGAAAACAAUUUUCAUUAACAAUUCGUGACGUUUUAACCUGGGUGAACUUUAUAAACGCUUGUUCAAAUAAAAUAUCGAUUAAAGAUUUAUAUUUAAAUGGGGCUUACAUAACAAUGUUAGACAGUAUAGGUUCAGGAGUUCUUAACAUUGAAAACAAAGAUAUUAUUGCAAACAUUAAAUCAAAAUCACGACAAUUUUUAUUAAACACAUUAAAAAAAUAUAAUAUUAAACCCGACUUAAAAACUAAUGUAAAUAUCAACGAUGACGAUCAAUUUAAAAUUGGCCCAUUUUCGAUUCAAAUUGGAUUCGCUGAAACUCCGGAAACAUAUUUUUCUUUUCAAGCACCAACAACGUUUUAUAACGCGUUAAGAGUUGUUAGAGGGAUGCAAUUAAAUAAACCGAUAUUAUUGGAAGGUAGUCCCGGUGUUGGAAAAACUAGUUUAGUAACAGCUUUAGCAAAUGCAACACAAAAUAAACUUUAUCGAGUUAAUUUAUCAGAUCAAACUGACAUUUCUGAUUUAUUUGGUGCUGAUUUACCCGUGGAAGGUGGAAAAAGUGGCCAAUUUUCUUGGAGAGAUGGACCCUUACUUCAAGCUUUAAAGAAAGGUCAUUGGGUUUUAUUGGACGAAUUAAAUUUGGCUUCCCAAUCAGUACUAGAAGGUUUAAACGCUUGUUUAGAUCAUAGAGGAGAGAUUUUUAUCCCCGAAUUAGGAAAAACUUUUGUUGUAAAAGAAGGAACGAAAUUUUUUGGAUGUCAAAAUCCAAUAAGACAAGGUGGAUCUAGAAGAGGUCUCCCAAAAUCAUUUUUGAAUCGUUUUACACAAGUUUACGUUGAAUCGCUCACUUUAAAUGAUUAUCAAAUAAUUCUAAAAUCGCAAUUUCCCCAAAUCGAGGAAAUAUUAAUAGAAACCAUGGUUAGGUUUAAUAUUGAAUUAGCAAAAGUAUUAAACAGACAUCUAUUUGGACACUUAGGCGGCCCUUGGGAAUAUAACUUAAGGGAUUUAACUAGAUGGUGCGAAAUUAUCAACAACGAUUUUAAAGAAACCGGAAAAUUCGAACCGGAGAAAUUUAUUAAUUUGAUUUACGCGAAUAGAUUACGAAAAGAAGAAGAUAGAAAUUUAAUGAGAGAGUUAUUCCAAUCUUUUUUUAAAACAAAUCCAAAUUUAGAACAUGGAAUUGUUUAUGUUACCUUUGAUAAGAUUCUUAUUGGUGAUACAUGGAUGAACCGGGAAAUUUUCAAUUUUAAUUUAUCUGAAAAAGAUUCGAAUUUAUUGGUGUUGAGAGGUCAAAUGAAAAAUUUGAGGGAUUUAUGUUAUUGUGUUAAAAUGAAUUGGCUAGCUAUUCUGGUUGGAGGUACUGGAAGUGGAAAAUCAAGUCUCGUGCGAACUUUAGCUGGAUUGGCUGGAAAAACAUUACUCACUUUACCUGUUACGUCAGCUAUGGAUACUUCGGAUCUACUCGGCGGCUUCGAACAGACUGAUUAUACUCGUCAUUUAGAAGAUCUUUUCAAACAAACUGAAUCCCUUCUAAAUACGACAAUCCACUCAUCUUUGUUGUCACAUGAAGGAUUUUCGUCGAGGAAAUUACUGAAAGCGUUGGAGAAGUGUCGCGAAAUACCGGGAUUGGCCGUGGAAAAACACACGAUGGCAGAAGAAACUAAACUUUUUAUAAAGAAGAUUGAAUACCUGAUGGCGUUAUGGAAAGAAAUAGAAAAUAAUCGUUUGCCAGAGAAAGGAGAGGAAAAAAUAAGGGAAUUACGAAAGAAAGGAAACCAAUUACUAUCUUGCGUUAACAAUGAAGGCGGUUUGAAUGCUGGGGGAAAAUUUGAGUGGGUCGAUUCCGUUUUGAUUAAAUCUUUAAUAAAUGGGUAUUGGUUGUUAAUAGAUAACGUAAAUUUAUGUAGUCCGGCUGUUUUGGAUCGUUUAAAUGGACUUUUAGAACCAAACGGCGUUCUUACAAUCAGCGAACGUGGUAUUGAUCCCGAAGGAAAAAUGAUUGAAAUCAAACCGCAUAAAGAUUUCAGAUUAUUUUUUACGAUGAAUCCGAAAAACGGCGAAAUUUCGCGUGCUAUGAGAAAUCGCGGAAUCGAAUUGUUCCUUUUAAAUCACGAUUACAUCGAGAGUCAAAACACCCUCGAUAUUAAAUCGUUAAUAUUUUCAAAUGGAAUCGAAAACAACUUCGUUAUCAAUACAUUAAUCGAAAUGCAUAAAUACAUUUCCGAUUUAAUUGUUGGAGAGAAACCGACAACGAUUGAUUUGUUACAGUCAGCAUUUUUAAUUUCACAACAGAUCAAUCGUGGAAUUAAUGUUAACGAAGCCGUAACAUGUUCUAUUAUGGAUAUUUACUAUAAAAUGCGGUCGGAAUAUGAAUUUAACAUAAACGAUGCUGGAAACAAAAUAAAAAUAAGAAUUAAUGAAAUCAUGUUGGGGUAUAACAAAGAAGAUGAAUUUUUCAAUGAAAAUUGCACCUUAAAAAUCGGCGAUAUCAAUUUAAACUCAAACGUAGCGAAAAUUAAACAAGAAAUUUCUUGUUUUGGGAAUUAUUUGGAAAGGAAUGAUAAACGAUUUUUUGUUGUUAAUUGUUAUUAUUUAAACCAUUUUUAUUCAAUGUCCACUUUUAAUGAUUUGGAAUUGCGUCAUUUAUUCGUUAAAAAUUGUUUUAAAAAUAACUUCACCGAUAUUUUUUAUGAAAAUUUAAAAACUAUGGCGAAUAAGCUCCCUCUUGAUGAUUCUUGGAUUUCUUUUAAAGACCACAACAAUUUUUAUUUGAUGUUGUAUUAUUUAACAUCGAAAUUUAUAGUUGAGCAACCACCAAGGAAGGAUUUAAAAGUAACAUUAAAAUUUAUCCAAAACAACAAACGCAAAUUUUCCAUUAAUGACACCGAUAAUAUAAUCAUCAAAAAAAUUGUGAUUUUAUUAAACGAGUUUGAUUCUUUCGUAUUAAACGUAUUAAAAAAGAAUCUUAUUAAAAUACCGAAUGAUAAUUUCAUGGAAUUUUUAUCUGGAGUCGAAUGGAGAAAAUAUAUUUAUCCGGAGAUUUUAAAAACGUUAACUUACAACAACGAAACCGAUUCUAACAACUUCAUUUUACUUUACGUUCAUUACAAAUGGUUUGCGAAAUAUUGCGUUUCUAAAAUAACGGAAAUUUUACCAAAAGAAACGUCAGAUGAAUUACUUACAAACGUGGAAAAGAUAAAUUCUUUACUUCCAAAUCAUUUUUCGAAUUUACAAAAGAUAGGAAAGCGUUAUAAGAAAUUAAUUCCGGCUCCUCCGCCGAUUAUUAACGAAAAACAUUUAGAAAUUGUUUUAAAUUUCGAUCAAAUCGAUGAUAUAUUUAAUUUUUAUAAAACAUCCAACGACAAAAUAAAAAUAAUCGACUACAAAUUAACCUCUAAAAAUAUUACAGAAGAACCCGAAGAAUUAAAAUAUCUUAAAGAGAAAUCGAAAGAAAUCGUCUUAGCUACUGAUAAAAGUGUUUAUAAAAAGUUUGACAUACAAUUUUUAGUUUUUUUGGAUUAUUUUGGAUUACUUAACGUUUAUAGAAGAAGAAAUGAUUAUUAUCAAUUAGAAAAUAUUGAUUUAAUUACAAUUCCCUUUAAUUUAAGAGGAGUUUUAAAACGAUACCAAGAAUCAAAUGAUGAAAAAUUACUAUUUGAAAUAAACAGCUCCAUUACUUACUAUUUAUUAAACAGCAUUUGUAGAAACAAAUUAAACGAAAAUGAUAACGAAAUUAACAAGCAAUUAAGUUUAUAUUCUCCAAUUUUAUCUUCGUUAUUAACUAAAUUUUUAAUAAACGAAGAUUCUUCUAUACAAGUUAAAUUGGAAGAAUACAAAGAUUCUUAUAAUUUGUAUAAUAAAUUUAUGGUUAUCCUCUGGAGUUAUUUUGGUGAUUUAUCUGCGAAAACUUUUGAUUUUAUUGUCUCAGACCAAAAAUACAUUUUAAAUUCAUUUGAAUCGUUUUUAAAAGAUUUCUCAAAAUCGUUACGAAUUUCAUUUAAUCAAAACGAUUACAAAGAAAUGAUAGAUUUUUGUAUCAACACGAUAUCUACAUCAUACCACAAAACCGACGACGAAUUAAAAAUUUUAAUCCAACUCUUACAAUGUUCUUUAAAAAGCGUGAUCGAUUUAAACGAUUCGUUCGAUGCAACAGAUAAAUUGGGGCAUCUUAGCGAUUCGUUUAUUUAUUUAAAUUAUUUGAAAGCGUUAUUAAACAGUAAAUUACCACCGAUUGAUUCACAAUUAAAACGAGAGAUUAAAAGAAAAUAUUUAUUGAAUGAAAUUGAAAAUAUUGAGUGUUUGGAAUAUUCUUAUAAAUGUCAAGGAGAAAUUUAUACAAAUGAUGAGUACCCAAUUAUUGAAUGUUUUAAGAAAAAACAAGAAGAUUUAAAGCGCAAACAAGUUGAGUUGGAGGAAUAUUUAGCUGUGAGACCUUCAAACUUAAAUUAUAGAAGUAUUUUUCAGGUUGUACAACAUGCAUUCUCAACAAUUCUUUCAAGCAAAAAUAUUCUGGAAUACUGCGAAAAGUUAAAUAAUUCUAUAAAGGCACUUCGUAAGUCUCUCGAGACGGGAGAAUACUUAAAUGCGCUUGAAAAAGGUUUGGUUACAACAGGUGUUUCAUCAAAUAUUGAAAGAUUUUGCAAAGUUUUGGGUAAAAAUAGAGCCACAUAUCCAGACGUUAUUGAACCUCUUUAUUCUAACGUAUUAGAAUUGUUGUAUGGGAUUAAAUUAAAAGAAGAUUUAGCUAAAAAACUUUACAUGAAAUGUAGCCAUCAAAGGAAAGGAUUAAAUCUCGAAAAAUCGCUUCAAAAUUUAGUUGCAUUUCCAAUUUUAAAUGAUGAACAAACUAAUUUUAUUCAACUGACUAAUUUGUAUUUAAACGAAAAUUUAUUAAAUUUUUGCUCAGAAAAAUUAUUUAAAUAUCUCAAAUGUGGUAUCUUAGAAAUUUAUAAUUAUGCGAUUAUUUCAUCGAAAUUUAAAGUUAAAAAUGAUAAUUUAGCGAUUUACUUUGAAAAAUUAAUAAAACAAUUUAUUGGUGUUUGGAAUAAACACCAAGAAAUGAUCGAGAAGGAACGAAAUGAAUCUCAAACUUUAUACAAGUUUAAAUCAUCAGAGAAUAAAACCGAGGAAGAAAUAAUCCAAGAAGAAUUUGAUGAGCUAUUUCCAAGUUAUCACGAUGACGAUUUCAAAGAAUUCCAAAAACACAGCUUAGAUCAUAUUCAUAAAGAAAAAGAAGUCACAAUUAAAGAAGACGUUAUAAAAUUAGACGAUGUUAAAUACGUGUAUGAAUUACAAAAGAAUUUCUUUGAUAUUUUAACAAAAACGAAUUGGAUUGAGUCGAAUAACCCAGAAGAUAACUUUGACCACGUAACCCCAUUAAUUGAAAAAUAUAAAUUAUUUAAAGUGUUAUUAGAUAAUUGUGUUAAUUCAAUAGAUUACAAUUUAGAUCAAAAAUUACUUGGAAGCUUAACAGUUUUAAUUAAUUAUGCGAAAAAUUUCGGAAAUUCUCAUCAUAACAAAAAAAAUUAUAAUUUUUAUCACGAUUCAAACAUAGAGGAAAUAAAGAAAUCUCUCCACAUACUAAAAGAAUUGCAAAUUGAAAUUAAUAAGUAUUUAAACGAAUGGCCAGAACAUCCAACUUUACAAAAAUUAAAUACAAUAAUAAAUCGGAUUUAUAAUUUCGACGUAAACAGUUCCAUUUCAAGAUUUUUAACUGGUUUCGAAAUUUUAUUAACCGAAUGUAACGAAUGGGAACAAAACGCCCAUUCUGGAGUCAGUUUGCAAUCUUCAAUAACAAACGUAACCGAUCAAAUAAUAACUUGGCGUAAAUUAGAAUUAAAUAUGUGGAAAAAUUCCCUUAAUAUUGUAUACGAAAAAUUGAAUUUACCAAUUGGAAAAUGGUGGUGUUUCAUUUACAACAUAAUCGACCAAUUUGAAACCAAUAAUAUUUCCGAAAUCGAAUUUAUCGAUGCGAUUCAAAAGUUUUUAACGCAAUCGAAUAUUGCAGAGUUUCAAAAUAGAUUGGGUUUAUUAAAAUCGUUUAAUUGUCAAUGUGUGGUAAUUAAAAAAUCGAGAAUUCUUCAAAAUAUUUUAUGGAAUAUUUAUUGUUAUUAUUCCCAAUUCCUAAAUGGAGUUAUUUUAAAAAUUAAAGAUUUAAGAAACCCAAUUGAACAAAAAUUAAGGGGUUACGUUAAAAUCGUUCGAUGGAAAGACAUUUCUUAUUGGGCUGUUAAAGACACUUUAAUCAAAACGCACAAAAUUAUCCACAAGCACAUGAAAGAAUACGAAACAGUUUUGCAACAACCAGUUCACCCAUUUUUAACAUUAUCUGUUGAAAAAAAUAAUGUUCAAGGCGUUUGGGAUCAACCACAAAAAGAAAUUGCCCAAAUUAAUUACGAUAUUUAUAUUUCUUCGAAUCAAGAUGAUAAAAACAUCAAUAAAUAUUUCUCAAAAUCAAAAUUGAUUAGUCAUAAAAUAAUUUCCUCUUUGCCAUAUCCAAAAUUAAUUGAAAACAUGGAAGAAUUUAUUGAUGAAGUUUUAAAAUCGAGUAUACACUUACAAAAUUUAGAGGUUGAUAAAACUCUUACACAAUCAAAACAGAAAUCUCAAGCGAAAGGAAUAUUACAACAAAAACGACGGGGUUUAGCCGAUUUAUUUAAAGCUCUAUCAAAAAUGGGGUUGUCUUAUAAAAAAGGAAUUCUUGAAGGCGACUUAGGCGAUAAUUUGAAAAGAUUUAAAUUGAAUCCUAUUGAUUUAGAGUUAUUAUUGAAGAAUAAGUCUCAAAGUUUGGUGGAUGAAAACAUUUUAAAAUCAUGGUCAUCUAGUGAAAUUUACUACACUAAGUCGUUGAUUCGCUUAGAUUUACUUCAAAACCUUUUAAUUAAUCCUUCAAAAGAAUUAGGUCCUCAAGAAAUUGAAAGAUGUAAAGGGUAUCCAAUCAAUUUAAUGAAUAAUAUUUUAGACCAGAAAGAAAAAUUAAUUGAUUCCGCAAACGAUAUAACGCAACUAAAAACCUACCUAAAUUAUUUUAAAGAAUUUUCUGCCUCAAAAACCUUCAUUAAACUUGAAAAUCUAAUCAACUUAAUUGAGAGUUUAAAAAAUGCUGUAAUAAUUAUUGAGGAGUACAAGAUCAUCUUAAAUACUUGCCCAGAAAAAGAUGGGCUUGAAACGAACACACCGCUUUUAAACGACCCUAAAAAUUGCUUGUGCUAUAAAAACGACGAAAUUUGGACAAAAUCAUUUUUAUUAUUAAAUCAAAUCUUGGAGGAAAUCGAAAUUAUUUGUAAAAAUAUUCCUGAAGAAAUCCAAAAUGAUGAACUUAACAUAACGUAUUUUCCGAUGAAUAAUUUAAACGAUCUAAUAAUCAAAGUUACAAAUCUGGCGGAUAAAUUAAACGAAUUAUUAAAUUUAUUUGGGGAUACAUCAUUUUCUGAGAGUUUAAAAUGGAUUACUUCUAAAGUUAUUAUUAAUAAAGAAGAAUUAACUCCAAUAACGUCGAAUUUUGAUGAAAUAGAUAACAAAGACUUAGAUUUAUUCAAAAAUCGAAAUGAAAAAUUAAUCACAAAAGUACUCCUUUCGAUUCAGACUUUAUUAAAAAAUCUCGACGUCAUCGAUCAACCGGAAAAUUACGAAGAAAUUUUACAAACAAAUCAUUUAAAUCUUUUAACAACAGAAGGAAUAUUUAAUUCUAUAUCUUUAUUGAACACCAAAGAAAUCAUUAAAAUUAUUACUAAAAUUAACAAAGAUCUCCAACAAAGAAACCUGUUUAAUUUUCAAGAUACAUUAAAAAAAUCUUUGCCAAUUCUCGACCAAUUUGUUCUUCUUCAACAAUUUCUUUUCACCCAACAAGUAUCAACAUAUCGAAUAUCAUCAAAAAUAAAUUCAAUAUUAUUAAAUAUUUUUACUGAAUUAAUUACAAAAGGUUUUUGCAUUCCCCCUGAAUUUUCCGAUGAAUUUUCCAAAGAAGGAUCAUCUCAACAAUCUUCAGGAAUGGGCUUAGGUGAUGGUGAAGGCGAAAAAGACGUUUCUGAUAAAAUCGAAUCUGAAGAUCAAUUAGAAGACGCCAAACCAGAGGGACAAGAAAAUAACCAAGAAAAUGAAGAUAAAGAUUGUAAAGAAGAAGAAGGUGGAAUUGAAAUGUCCGAAGAUUUUAACAGUAAAUUACAAGAUGUCGAAAAAAAAGGUGAUGAAGAAAAUGAAGAUGCCUCUGAUAAUGACUCAGACGCUGAUGAGCAAAUGGGAGAAACCGAAACGGGGGCUGAUCAAUUAGAUAAAGAGAUUUGGGGCUCCGAUGAAGAAGAUGAAAAAGAUGAGCAAGAAAACGGUAAAGAAUCAAAAGAUGAAAAAGGAAACGGCGGAGAAAAUUUAAACGAAGAAGAAAUCGGCUCAAAAGAAAACGAAUCCGACGAAAAAAGAUCAAACCAACCUCAAGAUAUUCCUUUAGACAAAGAAUUAAACGAAGACUACGACGACGAACAAAUUGAUCCAUACCAUCAAAAUCAACAGGAACCUGAAGAACCAGAACCAAUGGAUUUACCUGAUGAUUUCAAUCUUGAAGAAGGCGAAGAGAAAGAAGAAGAAACUCAAGAAGAAAAUCCGUUUGAUAUCGACGAAAUGAAAGAUAAAUUUCCUCCGGAAAUUCCGGAUGAAAUUUCGGAAGAUAUUCCAGAAAAAUCGGAAGAAGAAAAAGUUGAUGAUGAUAAAGACCAAGAUGAUUCUGAUGGGGCAGAAGAAAAUCUCGAAAAUAGUGAUCAAAAGGAUAUUGAAGAUAAAAAUGAAAACGAAAAUGACAUUAAAGAAAAUGAAAAUGAAAGUAACGCCGAAAAUAUUCCAUCGGAAGGUUUAGAUCAAAAUUCGAAAAUUGAAGAAAAUCAACAAGCUAUGGAUGUUGAUGAUAAAGAAAAUCAAUCAAGUGAUAAAAUUGCUACAAAUGAAACUAAAAAUAAUACUAAUCAAGAAUCAACAGAAACUACCGAACAAGAAAAUCAAAACGAUUGUGAAGGUCAAGGACAAUGUCAAAAUGAUCAAAAUGAAGGUGGACAUCAAGAUACUUCCGUUAGUCAAAAAUUAUCAAACGUUAACGAGCAAAGAAAUAUUGAAAAUAAUAAAAGAAUGGGAGAAUCCGAUUCAAAUAGAAGCUUAGGUGACACAAAUUUACCCGUUAAGAAAAAAUUAAAAACAAUUCACGCUGAUGAUAAACAAGAUAAACAAGAUGAUUACAAUAACGAAGAAGAUAACAAAGACUCCGACAUUUAUCAGCAUAUUAAAGAAAGCCAAAAGUCGAAAACGCAAAUUUUCGAUGCUGCUACAAAAGAACAAGUUGAUGAGCAAAAAGUUCACAAUGAUGACAAACAUGAAGAUAAAGAUGAUAAUUUAGAAUCAACUCAAAAUAUACCUGAUGAUGAUGAGAUGGAAAUUGAUUCUGAAGAAACAAAUGUAAACGAGAAUCAAUCCGAAAAUGUUAAUAAUAAAGAAGAUAAAUCAAUAAAUAAAAAUAAUCAACAUCCUGAAGGCGAAGUUCUACAAGAAGUUGAUAAAGUUGAAGUUGAAGGAGAUGUGACUCAAACUAUGACGGUUCCAAGAGGUAAUGAAACAUUUUUCAAUCAAAAUCUAAGUGAUUUAUCAACAAAAACAGCUAAUUUACGUCAUGAUGAAUUAUUAAAUCUUCGACAACAUAUUGAAGAAGAAUUAUCAACUUGGGUUCAGCCCCCCACAAACGAAACAGCCCAAAAAACAUGGGAAGAAAUUUCCGCAGUUACCUCAUCUUUAGCUCACCAUUUAGCCGAACAAUUACGAUUAGUUCUUGAACCAACCCAAGCGUCACGUUUGAAAGGCGAUUUUAAAACUGGAAAACGUAUAAACAUGCGAAAAAUAAUUCCUUACAUAGCAUCUCAAUUUCGAAAGGAUAAAAUUUGGUUAAGACGUACAAAACCGGCGAAAAGAGAUUACCAAAUUGUUUUAGCGAUCGACGAUUCUUCAAGUAUGGCCGAUAAUCAUUCGAAGGAAUUAGCAUUUGAAAGUGUAGCUUUAAUAUCGAGAGCGUUGAAUUUAUUGGAAUCGGGAGAAUUAUCAAUUCUUAGUUUUGGUGAGACCACUCAAAUAUUACACAAAUUAAGCGACCCUUUCACUGAGAGAACAGGAGGGUGUUUGUUACAAAAGUUUCAAUUUGCUGAAAAGAAAACUUACGUUGGACAAAUGUUGAAUUUUGCCACGGAAAUGUUAAAUACAAGUCCUGGAAAAUCAAGUGCGUUAAAUGCGAAAUUAAUCGUCGUUGUAAGCGAUGGUCGGGGAAUAUUUUCUGAAGGAGAAUCGUUGGUUUAUAGCGCAAUACGAAACGCGAAGUUAUCAAACGUUUUUACGAUAUUUAUAAUUGUUGAUAAUCCGGAUAAUAAUUCUUCAAUUCUUGAUAUAAGAAGGGCUGUAUUUAAAAGUGACAAUUCAAUUGAUGUCCAAUCUUAUAUGGAUAGUUUUCCAUUUCCUUUUUAUAUAGUUUUAAGGGAUAUUAAUUCUUUACCAAGUGUUUUAAGUGAUGCUUUAAGACAAUGGUUUGAGAUGGUGUCAAAUAUAGAUUAAUAAGAUUUCUUUUAUUCCACAUAAAUUUAAUAAAAAAUUAAGUUAAUAAGAAAAUUAA